AAUUUUUUGUUACUUAGUACCUUAAUUGAUUGAAAGUUGAUCUUCUCGCAAAAAAUAUAGUCAAGAAGCUAAUAUUCAAAUCAAUUUUUACUGCUUUCUACAGUUCAAUUUAUGGGUUUUUUUUUACCUUUUACCUAUAUAGCAUACAAUGCUGGGUAUAAUCAGGGUACGACAACCUACCAGUCUGUGCCGAAAGACUUUCAACAAUGUCCCGGCGCUAAAAUGUAUGGUUCAACACCAGCUGUCACUACAACAUACUCACCAACCAACUGGCUCUGCCCCGCCAUAUUCUCCUGUUUGUGUUGCUGUUGGCCCUUGGGAUUGGUUGCAAUAUACUAUGCUUUGCAGGCAAACCACAGGGAAGAAAUGAAUGAUUUGUAUGGCGCGGAGCAGUCUGCCUCUUGUGCUAGAAGUUGUACAUAUGCGUCAAUUUUUUGUGGUGUUAUCAUGUUUGGUGUCUCACUGGCUGUGUUUUUCACCGUCCAGCAGAAAAACCACCAUCUUCCAUAAAACAACUUUAAAUGUAUGAUCUAAUUUAAAAAGUGAAUCUCCAAAAAUGUUUUGAAGUUUCAAAAAUUUAUUUUGAUUAAAAACUAAUGAUAUUUUAAAAAAGAUCAAACUAACUUAUUUACAAACAAUUUAUAAGAGUCUGACACAUCUAUUUCAUACUUGGAUAUUUUAAUCGAAAAAAACGUUGAUGGUAAUCUAACAACCAAGCUCUAUGAUAAAUGUUAUGACUUUAACUUUUCUAUCGUCAACUUCCCUUGCUUAGGCAGCAAUAUACCUUCAUCACCUGCAUACGGAGUUUAAAUCUCUCUGUUGAUUCGAUACACAAGAACAUGCUCUACAUAUGAACAAUUUCUAAAAAGAGGUAAAUUACUGACAAACAAGUUUAUAAAACAAGAGAAUCAGCAGUCUCGUUUAGAGUCAUCAUUUCGUAAGUUCUAUGGUCGAUACAAUGACCUUGUCAGCAAAUUCAAUUUAUCAUUGAGUCAAAUGCUGACUGACGUUUUUCAUGCUAAUUGUUAGUCCAUUAUAUAUACAUGUACUUUGAAUUUUUCCGCUAUUUCCCGAUCAUGACAAGGAGCACACGGCGGAUGUGACCGGUCCAGUUUGCAUUAUAUGAUGCCCAACAUUUUUGUCUUCUUAAGAAGUUUUUUUUCUAGUCUCUUCUUACCCCCUUACUUUGUGUAUUUUUGUUUUGUGUCGUUCACUUAAAUAAAUGACUUUUUCAAUUUCAAUACUGCUGUUAUUUUCUUUGAAUCCAUCAAAAACUAGCUCAGUUGACUUGGCUUCGGUCUUGUAACAAUAACAAAGGAACAUAAAGAUUUUUUUUUACUUUUUAGUAAAAUUAAUCAAUAUUUUGUUUGACAUAAUUUGUAUAAUUAAUUAAAAUUGUCUUUAUUUAAAUAUAUU